CAGUCAGCACAAAUGUACCAAAGUUCAGAGAGCUGUUUACUUAGGCACAACUGCGUAUGCAAGUGGGGAAAACACUCUCAGGACUGCAUUUAUCUGCCAUUUCCCACUGCCCUGUUUUCUGGAGCCUGACAUUAAAAAGCCAGGAAGAAAGAAGCAGCUACGGAACCUGAUUUCCCGCUCCUCCUUUUGAUGAGCGUUUCUGUGGGCACUACACCGUCUUCCUUUUGUGCCCGAGAGAAUGGCUGUCGCGGAGCCCGGGCGGGGCCACCUCCUGCGGUUCCUGAGCACCAUGGGCCUCACAGUCAUGGUCAUCGCCCUGCUGUUCCACGCUCUCCUCUGGGAGGCCGGCAACCUCGUUGACCAGCCCAACCUGAGAAUCGGCUUCUAUAACUUCUGCCUGUGGAACGAGGACACCGGCUCCCUGCAGUGCCACCACUUCCCGGAGCUGGAGGCCCUGGGGCUGCCUCGGGUCGGGCUGGCCCUGGCCCGGCUCGGCGUGUACGGGGCCCUGGUCCUCACUCUCUUUGUCCCCCUGCCUCUCCUCCUGGCUUGGUGCAACAGAGACGAGGGGGAGAGGCAGCUGGCAGUGGGCUUCCUGGCGGCUUCCUCGGUGCUGCUGGCCAGCGGCCUGGGUCUCUUCCUCUCCUACACAUGGAAGUGGAUCACGCUGUCCCUCCUGGGGCCUGGGUUUGUAGCUCUGGGCAUGGCCCAGGCCUUACUCAUUCUCUUGCUUUGGGCCACAGUUGCACUCCCUCAGAGGGCAGAAAAGGACAAGGGCAAGCUUGAGAGCUGCUAGGUCUAUUGACCUGAUUAUAAGGAUGUGAGCAGUUUGAACUGUGCUCAGAGAAGGUGCCAGAGAAUUCAAGGGCUGGUCUCUCUUCUCAGCCAUCCUGUUUCACAGCUAAUGCUGACUGCAAGCUCUAGCAGAGGGGACCCACUAUGGAGGAGGUGGGGCACCCAGUGUCAGGGAGGCCUCAGCUGCUGCUGCAAAGACCAAGGCCACUGGAUGUAUCAGGCCAAGAGGCAGCAAGGCUGGCUGGGCACCUGCAGCUUCCUGGUGGAGGGUUGUCUGUCCUUCAGGACUUCUGAGGCUCCCAAGGACACCCUAAACCACACAGCUCCUGCUUUUUAACUGAUCUGAGCAAACAAUUCUUACUUUAUCCUCAGGAGGAUGGGAAAGAUAAAGAUUCCUGUCAUGGGGCCAGAUUUCCAGUCUGAUUGCCAACUGCAGUGACGGAUGGAACCCAGUGUAGGUUUUUAUCAACAAACGGGGGCAGGGUGAGGGCAGCAUCAUGAGGGAGCAUCUUGGUGUCCCUUAGGGCGCUGGGGAGCAAGCUGACCCACCCUUCUUGUGUGUGCUCCAAGUCUCACCUUCUUUGGCCAGGGUGGGUCAGAUGUGUGAGCCCCUCCCCAUGGACUCCACUCUCAAAGAGCUGGAGGUCCAAGACUGACCUCCAAAGGAUUCACUGAAGACAGAAUACACGGGGCAGGAAGAGAAGGCUUGGUGGCUCUGAAGAGUUUCCCUGGAGUCAAAUAGGGCAGGGAGUCCAAAUGGCCAAUCAUUCCUAACAGGUGUCCUGGGAGCACAGGAGCAAACAAUUCAAAUCCUAGGGAGGGCUGAGCAAGGUGAAUAAGAGUGAACGGUUCCACAUACAUACAAAUGCUGUGCACUUUCACUUCUCAAACCAGAAUUGCAAAGAAUAUAAUCACAACAGUGUAUGCAUUGGGGAAUUUUAUGUACUUUCAGUAUCUGUAUCGGAAAACCUACAGGGCAAAUUGUUUACUUAUUCUAUGCCUGUCAAAAGCCACAGUGAAUACAGAGGAAGAAAUGUGGAUUCUGGA